GUCAUAUUGAACUGUUGACAGAUAUUGACAAACACAAAAGUGGAAAAAAAUCGUGAGGUUCGAUUUUAUACUGAGUGUUGGUGAAAAUAAGAUAAUUUGUUUACCAAUUACUGCGUAAGGCAGAGUUGUUCAAUAAGUAUUUCUAUUACAUGCGCUGCACCAGCUUCUGGACAAGGAUUGGAAGUGGCAAACUAAAGCGUGCAUCCUUUUCGCUCGGGUGGCAGCAAAGGUAAAUGCAAUGAGCAGUGCCGGAUUCGUCAAAUCCGAAUCCGAUGGAAAGCGGCCAUCCAGUAACAAGAACGGCGAUUGGACUUGUCCGGAGCCCGAUUGUAAGAAUCUAAAUUUUGCCCGAAGAAACCAGUGCAAUCGGUGCGGUAAGGAGCGCCCGAACAGUGGUUCCAAAAAUGGGUCUACGGCUAGCGACUCGGACGGUGGCGGCAGCAGUAGCGCUGGAGGGAAAAAGAAAGUCGGCACAGAGAUCGGCAAGGCGGCUGCUGAGAAAUCGCGCGGACUGUUCAGCGCUGAAGACUGGCAAUGCAAUAAAUGCGCUAAUGUGAAUUGGGCUCGACGGCACACAUGCAACAUCUGCAGCGCCCCACGGUUUUGCGACGUGGAAGAACGCACCGGAUACGGAGGAGGAUACAAUGAUCGUGGCGUGGUCGAAUACAAGGAUCGCGUUGAAUCGGACGAUGAGUACGAUGAGUUUGGACGGCGAAAGAAAUCUAAGGGUAAACCGAAGGAUCAGGGCAACAACCGUGCAGCACAAAGGCGCCACAGUACGGAUUCCGAAGAAGAGGUUGAGCAAAGAAAAAUUUCCCGAAGAGAGCCACAGAAACGUAAACAAGCGGACGACGAGUCAUCGGACAAAGGUAACGAGGAUGACGACGAAGAGGAAGAUGAAGAUGAAGACGAGGGCAAUGAGGACCUGUCCAAAUACGAUCUAUGGGGAUCCGAUGAGGAGAUUGCUGCAAAACCGGCUCCUAAAACUUCAAACUCCUCCAACCACAAACCAGCUUCUCAUCGCCAUCGCUCACGAUCAAAUUCCCGCUCAAGGUCUCCCAGUCUGGAUCGCAGGCGGCGUUCGAGUGAUCAACGGUCGUCUUCAAAAUCGACCGCCUCAUCGACUAGUCACGGACGAUCUGACUCAAAACGCUCGAGCGCCUCACGUCGACACGUUCGGUCCAGGUCACGUUCGUACUCACGUUCUCGUUCACGCUCACGAUCGCGAUCGCCCCGAUCCUACCGACGUAAUAAAGACAGAAGACGUUAAAGCAUUUGUUGCGCUUGCUUAUUUGCUAAGCAGCACUCAAUACUAAAAGCAAAUAAAUGUGUAAAUUUUAGAGUGAAAUGUUGCUAUGUUUA